AUGCCGCGCGCAGGCCUAAAAUCUAAACGCUCGUCAACCGACAGACGCCUCGACCUUGCUGCCGCGAUUAAACUCUCCUCCUUUCCCGUAAUGGUUGCCUAUUCUAACUGCGCCCGCUCCGGCGACGUGUGUUAUUUUUCCAAGGAGCGUUCGACAAAGUGCUCCUACUGUCUCCGAAAGAACAUUGACUGCGACGGUUCCUUCUCGUUAGAGGAGUUCCGUCGAGUAGUUGAUGAAAAGAAAUCCUUACAGGAAAAAUCCCGAAGGAAGCGGAAAGAAAUCGCCCGACUUCGUCGCGCUCUGGCCGACGUAGAAGCCGAGGACUCGUCGGUCCAGGAGUCCUUGGCCCACCUAGACGAGGUUUCUUCUCGGAUGAUCCGUCGCGAGCUCCAGGCCCUCGGGGUUCUCGAAGAGAAGCCCCCCGAGGACGAGGGUGCCUUUGCGGACCUUAAUUUUCCUUGGUCCGAGGUGCCUUUCUCCGAGUCUGUCGACUAG